GUGCUGCUACGGAGAAUAGCCGUGCGCUUGUUUGCGUGCUGUUCUGGUGGAAGUUUGAAACUGCUAGUGCGGGAGCUUUCGUUGCUGCUCUGCUGUAUGGUUCGACAGUUCGUGCGCGUCCAUUGCGAUAACAAUACCUCGGUGAUCCCUGUACAUAACUACACUAGUACGGUUUUUUAAAUAAUAACAAAAUUGUUGGCUGAAUAUGUGGAACAAGAAGCAGAUCUGCAGCAUAAAAUGUGGCUGGGUGGAAAUUUAGUGUGCUAUAAUUAGUAAAGUCAGUGAAAAAUAGCUGUUGUUUUACUGCUCUGUUGAGCUAAAGCGGAUAUAAAACGCAGUACCUAUAGCAUUUAACGAGUGCAAGUGGAUAUAAAAUAUCAGAGGAAGUUUAGUUUUAUAGAUGAACCCUUGUUAGGGCUUAUACGGGAAAAAAAAGUUAAGGAGAAAGUCAGCUAGCUCGACCGAGCAGCACCCCGAUAGACGCAAGAGAGCAAAGAAAAUGUCAUCCAGACGUUAUCCUUGAUAGCAGAAACCGCUCCUUUUUUUAAAAGGUGACUUUUAAAAAAAAGGACGCGUGAUGAAGCCAUCGCAACCAACUACCACGAGAGAGUCCUGCUGGCGCAGCACCGUUACCACCAUUACUAGAAGCAGCAACAUGACCACCGCCGCCGCCAGGGUACAACCUAUUGGCGGCGGCCGGAGCACCAGCAGUGCCUCUAGGCGAGGGGCAAAAGUCAUCUCCAGUUCUGGCCGGAUGCUCCCGUUCGCAUUGAUGGGGCUUUUGAUCGCCUCCUUUUGGCUGCCAUCGAACCUAGUUAACGCUCACGAUUCAUUGGAUGCAUUAUACUUUGACCAAAACACUAACGGAUCAUCUCUACUGUCUACAAAUGGCACUAACUCUACAGUCUUACCACCGCACAAGGAUCCCCUGUUUCCCACGGAUUUAUUCACGCUUGAACAACGUCGCAAUGGUGCUGUUGUAUUACACAUACUGGGCGUAAUAUACAUGUUUGUCGCACUUGCAAUUGUUUGCGACGAGUUCUUUGUGCCUUCUUUGGACGUAAUCAUUGAGAAACUGGGCAUCACGGAUGACGUUGCCGGAGCGACCUUCAUGGCGGCAGGCGGCAGUGCUCCGGAGCUAUUCACUAGCGUGAUCGGUGUGUUCGUUUCGUUUGACGAUGUCGGUAUCGGUACAAUUGUCGGUUCGGCCGUAUUCAAUAUCCUGUUCGUGAUCGGUAUGUGUGCGUUGUUCUCCAAAACCAUUCUAACACUGACCUGGUGGCCGUUGUUUCGAGAUUGCACGUUCUACAGUGUCAGUUUACUUACGUUGAUCUAUUUUUUUCGUGAUAACGAAAUCUACUGGUGGGAGGCGCUAGUGCUGUUCAUAAUCUAUAUCGCGUACGCUGUGUUUAUGAAGUUUAAUCAGCAAGUGGAGAGAUGUGUGAAGAAGAUUAUCUAUAAAAAUAAGGUGACCAGAGUUCGAAGCACUGAUCAACUUAUGCCUGCAGAAAUUGGCUUGCUAGAAGAGUAUAAACGCCCUGGAAAUCGUGAUAAUGAGAGUCCUUCGUUGCAAGGAAAUGCAGCCAAUUCGUCAGAAACGUCGAUGGCAACGCAGCCGGGCGGCUCGGUGACGUCGAGGGCGGCCUCCGAGAGCCGAUCGGGGCCGCCCGGUUCUAGUAGUGGUAGUGUACCGAUUAAUCAGCAUCAAUCCGCAACCGGGGCCAAAUUCCGACAUGGUCUGCUGCAACUGAUGAUCCACACGAUAGACCCAUUGCACGAUGAUCCCGUUCCAGGUAAAGUCGAUGAAAAGGCAACACAGCUGCACGCGAUAGCGUCGUUAAAGGUUUUGUUGGAUGCCACCAAACCGCAACGGGGAGCUGCCACGUCGUCCGCGGCGAACCAUGUUAAAAUUAAUUUAAGAGAAACCACCUUAGCUAGUGAUCGUCCGAAUGGAAACAUAGAUACAACAAUUGAUUCGGGUAACGAAUUAGAAGAAGAACCACCAGAGUCAUUAAGCAUGUCUUGGCCCAAGACGACUAGGAAACGAAUAACCUACCUAUUAGUUGCUCCAAUUAUCUUUCCGCUGUACUUAACACUUCCUGACACUAGAACACCAAGGGGUAAGAGGUUUUUCCCGGUAACGUUUAUAGGUUCGAUUAUGUGGAUAGCCGCAUACUCAUAUCUUAUGGUGUGGUGGGCUAACGUUGCUGGUGAUACGGCGAAAAUACCACCGGAGGUGAUGGGACUGACGUUUUUAGCAGCUGGUACCUCAAUUCCCGAUCUAAUCACAUCUGUGAUUGUUGCCCGGAAGGGCUUUGGUGACAUGGCAGUGUCUAGUUCAGUCGGAAGUAACAUUUUCGACGUGACGGUAGGUCUUCCGAUUCCGUGGCUGCUCUACGGCAUCAUUUACGGUCAGCCGGUGGAGGUCAACUCAGUCGGCAUGGUGUGCUCGAUCACGAUCCUGUUCUUGAUGUUGGUGUUUGUCAUCUUGUCGAUAGCAUGCUUCCACUGGCGCAUGAACAAAGGCUUAGGGCUAACCAUGUUUUUGUUAUACUUCGUAUUCGUUGCCGUUUCACUCAUGUUUGAAUACGAUAUGUUGGUGUGUCCGUUUUAAGUAAGUACGCUUAAUGCGCUAGAACCAGUGGUUACUAGGCAGAAUCAUCAAUUUAUGGUAGUCACGUUAACGAACAAAACAAACAAACAAAAAAAGACGAAAAAGGCGAAAAAAGUAAACCAAAUAUUACUGUAGUGUUAACGAUGAAUCAAACCCACUUGAAACUAGGUUAGUUUUGCCUAGUGAACAGGAUGCAACAACUGAGUACUAAGUUAAAAAUAUUAUUAUGUAUAGUUAUAGAGAACUAUGGUAAUAUUAUGGUAUUAAACACAAAACAACAACAACAACAAUAGAAUUGUAAGCGAGUGGCGCGUAGAUAAGUAAAAUUCAUUCUAUUUAGGAAAUGUUUAACGAAAGAAGCAUCUACUGAUUGUGCUGACGGCUGAGCGAGUUGAUCUACGGCAUUUCGAAGUAAUCGAAUCCUACAAGGAAAAUAAUAAGAGAAAUGAUACAGUGAAAAUCUUCUAUUGAAACACUUAUGUUAAAUAUUUUAUCUCCUGUUCUCCAUGAAACUAUAGUAUCAAAUUUAUUAUUAUGCAUUUUAAAUUGUAUUCAACCAAACAAACCUAUAUUCGAACAAAAUCUUACCUAACAAGAUUACAUCUAAAUAAUAACAAAAGAAUCAACUAAUUAAACCAGUAAACUGUAUUUAAGCGUACAUCUUUUUCUCUUCUAAAGACAAAUUUCUAUAAGGACCUAGCCUAAACAAGCUAAAGUAAUUUAAGGAACAAUUUUCAAGACAAACCAUCUAUUACUCGAACUUAAAAACAACACCCUAGUGAAUUUGAAACAUCAAAUCAUGUUCAUGCUAUCGGCUUAUCUUUCCACAUAUAGUACACCAACAAUAACACGUGGUUCUGGUAGCGCCAUUUGCAUUAGGAAUUAGUCUCUUAAUAGUGCACGGUAAAACCAUGUUUCAUCAUUAUCAUACAAACAGUUUCUCUAUACUCUAGCUGUCCCUUUUUAAAACUCUCUUAGUAAACCUUCCUAGCUACGACAUACUUUUGUAUAAAUCUAAAAAAAAAUCCCUGAUAUCCUCUAUCGGUUUUCUACCAUUUCCCUCUCUAAACCGAGUAAACUUACAGUUAUUGCUCCGCGUAUUAUCAUAAACGUAGAAAGAUUGGAUGUACUACUCUAAAAAGUGUCAAGUUUUCAUCAAAUCAUCCUCCAUUCCGUCAUUCAUUCGUCAAAUCCAGUAUCGUACAGAACAGAAGGAGUAUGUUAAAGAUUUCCGUGCCAUUUGCCUGUUGCUUUAUGUCGCAUCACAGAAGUGACCAACGAGUUCCCAGUAGAUUUGAUUAAACACGAGCGUCCCCACGAUUCGUUGUUGAUAGAGCCCUGUGCACAGUUGUUGAAAUCACCAGCACACACGCACGCAUAGCACAAUCUUUCCCAUGUCCAUCGAAUCACUGUACAAUGCAUUACGCUUCGGGUAUUUGAUAUUUAUCAGCAACAACAAAAUGCACCAUUCUGGCCAGUGUGUCCUGAUUAAAUUAGGUGUAGGUGAAUAAAUAAACAAACAUACAGCGCACAUUAGCAAAGCUCGGCAAACUAUCCCGAUCUCGGGUUAGAAAUACAGAAAACGGGGAAGUGACCGCAGAUCAUUGUAUGAUAUACUCACAGAUGUGCUUUCGAAAACUUCGUCCCUCGAGAGACUGUCGAAAAGAUUAUUCAAUUUUUUUGUUUGUUCAUUUCCUAUCGGUAGUCCGAAGGUGUAGCGUAGUUGUAAUGGUUUCUUGCAGUCAUGUCAGAUGCAGUCUAUAGUACUGCAGGUGAUUAUGGAUAUGUAUGACCCCAUGGAUAUUCAAUUAAUUCAGUACUGAUUAUUCGAACUUUCAGUAUCUCUCCGGCACUAAUGAAGCUCGAGUCAUUUGCCGUUUGUGUCCCGGGUUGGCGGUUUAAUGCAGAGGGCGCUGGUCUUACAAACCAGUUGUCGUAUGUUCGAGCCCGACCUGGAAGGAUUGCGAAGUCAGUUGAAACAGAAGGUCAAAUUCCAUCAAAGAAAUGUAAUAUCAAGGUUUUGUUUUGCUUUGUCAUUUAACAACAAUUGGCCGCAGAAAAAAUUUUAUCUCGAAGCCAUGUUAACGUAAUAGUAAUGUUGAGUACUCAAAAUGGAAUUCAUGUUGUGUACUUUAAAGGAAAAGUAGAAGAAAAUUCGAACCCGCACUUUUCUUUGAAUACCUCUCAUCAUAUUUUGGACACUAUGUGGACUAAUCUAACCGACCACUUUGUUUCACCAUCCCUUCAUCACUGGCACAUCCCGAGUCACUAUUUCACUCUUCUUAAACGUAUGUUUGACAACUACCCAAUAUUUCUCAAUCUAUCUUGUUGUUUUCUACGCUUUAGUGACAGCUUACCAAAUCAUGCCAAAAUUUGGUCAGGUCCAUUGUAAGCUUUAAUAUACGAAAGUCUGUUUGUCACGAAAAGCUAGGUUUUUUCUGCGCAAUAUCAAAUACCUUGCCUCAUCAUAAGCUUUCUUAAGAAUUUAUCGGCAAGAACGAAUUUGCACUUGCUAGGAACUUCACGUCGAUCAAUGGCUUUACAGAACAUUUUUUCCGGAAAACUGCCCAUAAUUCAUUUUGACGCCCGAUCCGUCAUCCAUGAGGAUGCAUCAUUUGUAUGUCGAGAGAGAUCGGCAACACUCAAUUUUGCUGCCCAGUAAUCAAUGUUAUAUUUUCCGAGAUUCGUUUAGUAGAACUCAAACGUUAGUUGUACUGAACUCAUCGGUGAAUUAACAACUAUCCCGAAAUAAGCAAAUGCGUUUGACGAAAUUGCGAAAUAUGUGUUAACUUUUGCCGAAAUUCGGCUACACAACUUCCAUUCGUUUUGCAUUUUCGCUUGGCACUACGCAGUUAUUUUCUGACGAAAUAUUUCGGAGAAAAUUUCCAGUGGUCAUCAGAAAAAAUGGAAUUAUUCGAAAAGGAAGACGAGAGAUCUACGAUCUAUUGAAUGAGUAUAAUACCUACAAAUUAUUGUCGAUCAUUUAUGGAAAGCUUCUUCCCGAUCCUUUUUUCUCUGUCGGUAAGUCAUUAUAGAUUUGGCCGAAGAGCUUCAACGACGUGUCAACCAAUAUAUUCGACAAUCGGCGAUUAUUCCGAAUUGCAUAUUUUACAAUUGUACGUCCUCGAAACAUAAGUAUAUUUUUUGUAUCUAUACGGAAAUAAAAUGUGGUCCCCAACAUUGUGCUGACAAUUUCGGUAAAAACGAACGUUUGUCAAAUUUCAGAUUUCCGAGACUCCGCAAUUUCUUUUUUUGCCGAGAUGGUAACCGAGUACUCGGCGGUGCACAUCUCGGUAACUAUUUUGCCGUGAUUCAGCGAAAAAAAAAAAUAAGUGUGUAGUUCGUAAGAAUCUGUAGAAUUUCAGGCCCGUCCUUUGGUCACUAGAUUCUGUUUCAGUGUCCGGUUUCGUUCCUUACUAGCCCGAAAAGAGCGAUAUUCAACUUCCGGUUCUCAGCUCCACCACCACGCUUGCUGUGAUCUUGCCGAUCGAUAGUAAGCCGCUCAGGGAAAUGCAAAUUUAACCGACUUUGCGAUUUUUUACCCUGAUCACAUCGGAUUCUCGAAGUGGGGUUUCAAAUUUUUCUGAAACAGUGUGUCUAGAUAUUAAAAGACUCAAGCUUUAAGUAAUUGUAUCUUAUUACAGGUAGAGAUGCUUGAUAUUGCUAAAAUGUCACAAAUGAGCUGUCCUUUUAGCUUACCAACAAUGGUUGUCAAUCUGGUUUUUGGCUUUUCACUGAGUGCAUAGCAGUUUCUCAAAGGAGAAGGUUUACAAUUCUGCUAGUCUAGGUUUGAACCUGGAUGCAAGAGCGAAAUUUAUUCUGGCUUCAAGCUCUGUUUAAUUUCUUAAAACAUGAUACAUUUUUAUUAAAUCAUUCAGGUUUUUGUUAACUUCAUUUGAAAUGUCCUCUUCUGAGCAUGAGAUUUGAUAUGAGUUCUCUGCGGUUGGAACGGUAUUACAUCUGUUUCAAUUGAUUAAUAUGCUGCAUAUUGUGAUAAUUUGGCAAAUAUGACCUUCAUUCUACAGCUACAUAUCUUCGGAUAAUCCAAUUGCUUCAAUUUUUUAAAUUGAAUAUUUCAGUUUCAUUAACAUAGUGUUCAAUUAGAUCUGAGCAACAAUAUAACAGUACGUACACCUCACCUGGGAAUAUUUUGAUAAAUCCUCCAUUGCCACCAUUUCUCCAUCUCACGUCCAUAUGCUACACCCAUACAUAUACAAGUAAUUCAACUUGCUGUAAGCAACAAACCAAUGGAAAGUGAAGAACACUAAACGAUUACAUAAAGAAGAUAAAUCAAUGAUAAUAAAAUGAAAUGUUAACAAAUUUUUGAGGGUUUUUCUUAUUUCUAUUUUUUAUUGAUGAGUAAUGUGGUGGAACACAAAUAGAAAAUAAACAAAAAACGAGACACAACAUAAAUCAUAGAUCAAUGAAUGUGCUACAAAAAGAAUUAUAGGAGGAAGAAAUAUCUAAUAGCAGGAUACUGAGAUAAGCAAACACUGCAUAAGUAGAAAAAAGUAUUCGAUGGAAAAGCAUAGUUUUAGUAUUGAACGAAUAGAUUCGAGUCCUAGCAAAUCCCUUGAACCAGUUUCUACAAGUCUGUCAAUUGUUGAACUUCUCUCCCUAAUUCAAACAACGUACAUAUCUACUUCGUUUUUUUUAUUCGUCGUACUUUCUCGACUCUAUUAGGUGUUACUUAGCGAAGGAAUUCAUGCAAAACCACCACAAGCCUGUGACAUAUGGUUCAGUUAUCUAUUUGUCGACUACGUUCAUGGCGAAAAAUCAUAAUAAUAAAAGUUCACGCAAACAAAACUGACGAAAUAGAAUCGAAAGUAUUUAUGACAGUCAGAAAUGAACGAAAUUAAAGAGCCGUCUCCAGAUGGCGUAGCAACGCAAAUGUAAAUAAUAUUUCUAACGAGUAAGAAAACAAAUGCAAAAUACAAUAUUCGAGACUAAGUGCACAGACUAACAGACAGGACACUCAAAUUAGAUUCUUCAAUCUUUUUAACGGUCAUUUCGAAUAUUCUUUUAUUUGGGACAGUACUCACAUGUGUCAUGAUGGCGCCACGUUACCCUAUCAAAAACAUCCUAUCUGUCAUCUAGACUGUGUUUAUUUUUUUCAUUUAUCAACAGAGUUGCCAUUCAUACAGAAUUACCAGUAAUGUAUUGAUUUGUAUACGUCCAUGCGAAUUUCAUGCAGGAUACAGAUUUAAUACAUAUUGCCAAAACUAUGCCUACUUCUCAUCCUCCAACGCAAUACAAAAUCGAACCCGUUUUGUUACAAUAUUUACUUGCUUCUUGUCUGCCGCCACUUAAUUUCGGGUGAAAAUUACCAACACAAUAAAAAAUAAUCUAGAUGAGCAACGUUGAGAAAAAUAAAUGGUUACCUUCUAACAUCGCGAAAAAGUUAAAUAUAUUAUCAACGUAAUCCAAUAAUUUAUUGUGACGAUUCAUUUUCAAAUAUUUUGAUGAAAUCAGGCAUCCCUGCAAGCAGCUGAUCGGUGUUGACAAAUGAGGGGAAACCAACUAGUAAAAAAAACUUUUACGUAACACAAGGGGUGUACAGAUAGUAAAUAGUUCGCGCAGUACAAUAUAGGUGGAACUAGUGCAUCACGAAAAAUUAUUUUUAUAAGAAUUUACUCAUACUGUCAUGUCUGUUAGUCUGUGCUAAGUGCGUACGAGGAAAUCAUUACCCAUGAAAAACUUUUUCCUCCCGUCCAUCCAUGAACAAAUUUAAGAAGAAAAAUGCAGGAAAUUUAAAUCCGGAGCUACCUAUAACAAGGGUAAAAAGGAUAGAUAAUGAACUGCAAGUAUUUACGAACUUUUGGAACACUACCGAAGAGCAAUUUUUUUCAAAUAGUCAAGCAAGAUUUUAGAAUUCCUCCAAUGAAAUUAGACAUCUGUUCAACAUGGUUCUUUCUCUGAUCACUAAUUUAACUACAAGUCUCCGAAAUACUUUAUAACUCGACCCAACCAGAACUGAAACUUUACGAAGCUAUAUGCCGAUAUAAAAAUUCAAGCAGCCAUAAAUCGAACAAUGAGAGCUAACUAGCUGAACGAAAUCCAGGAGUACCGUGACAGAUAAACAACCAGUUUAGAAUACCACAACAGCGAAAAUUAUAUUCAUAAAAACACACAUACACGUAAAAGCGCACGCAAAAAUCAGACAAUGUUGUUAAAGUUUCAAACUUAGAACUGAGAAAAAAACCGGCACGUACAUCUUAAUUCGAAAUAAGAAGCGUCUGACGAACAAAUUACAUGAAUAACAAAUAUACAAGCGAGCAUGCGACACAAUGGCUUUGUAACUAGAGUAGAAUUUAAACAAUGAAGAGUAAAAGUAGCCAUGCCGCUAAAUAGAGGUUUGUCGAAAGUGAACUAACGAAAUCAAGGAAUUCAAGAAAAUGUUUUAUUACUUUAAUUGUACUUUUACCAUUGUCUUAUUUACCCGAAAAACUUGACUUGACAGAUUUUAAUGUCGGAAGUACUCUUCUCUAAUAAUUUGAAACAUCGGACUUUCAAAACAUUCAAUCAGUUCUUGUGGUAUGGUUUAUGGAUAACUCAAUUUUGUAGUACACGCAGAGUUCAAGUAGUAAAAGCGCACAUAUAAUUCACGGGAUAACCGAACGAAUGUUAAGGUUGUGAACCAUUUCGCAAAUGAUAUUAACCUUUUUUGCCAAAAUUUGAAUUUGAAUGAAGCUGCGGCCUAAUUCAGAAUGUGACAUUUCCAUAUGUUUUCUGGAUUUUAUUGCGCUUUGGAAAUGAAAUUAUAGGUGCUAUAAUGAUUGCAAUACAGAGAUAUUAUAAAUCUCGAGGAAAACUGACAAAAUAUUCAUACUUUAUAUUAUGAUGAUAGAAAAAAUGCUCGUACUUUAUAUUGGAAUGUGGCUAGUAUGAAAACAAUUUAUACAGAAGUGAUUCUUUAAAAGUUCUGAAACUUGCACUCUUUUGCAAAAAAAUUUUCCAGUAUCUUAAAAUGGCUAUCAAACAUGCUCUCGUGCAGGGUUAUUAUUGACAAUGGGGUAAGUCGACUAUCAGAUUUUAACCAAUAGUUAAAAUUAUUCGCGAAAUGGUCCAUGGCCUAAGAUGGGCAGCACUGCUUUAUUCUUUAUGCCCCGUUUACACUUCUGCUGGCUGCCAGCAUGCUGGCGUCAUUGUACUGCCCUCUUAGGAAAAAACGUUCAACUGUGGUCCAAUGAUCCAAAGUAUUAGACCAACGAAGGACCAUCGUUGAACGUUUUUUUCCUCAGAGGGCAGUACACUGACACCAGCAUGCUGGCAGCCAGCAGAAGUGUAAACGGGGCAUUACUUUCGAAACUAUUCUUUGGAGCGUGUUCGCUUCCAACUUUUCCUUUGACACUACUGUUCAACAUUGUCUGCACCGAAAUCUACAUCAUGCAGUUUCCUUGGGUACGUCUCAAACCUCUAAAAGAAAUCAUUUUCAAACAUUUCCUUCGGACUUCUCACCGCAAUAUUGCAUUUUACAGCUCGGCGGAUUCUCAGAAUGAAAUUUAAAUUGAACUGCAAACAUACAUGUGCGGUACAGUUCAAUUAGAAGAAACAGUACUUCAACAAAGAAUGAUAAGGGAAGGUCCCCAGCCUCGAGCUGCAUCAGAGGUAAAAUAUUAAUUACAAAAGAUAUAUGCAGGAACAUCACCAGUAAAUACCUUUACCUCCCAGAUAUGCAAAUAUUGUUCUGAGCAGUUAUUAGUGCAGAAAUCCUGCAAUCAAUUUCUGCAUGAUAACUGCUAAAUAUUUCAUAAUUUGUUAUUUUGUAUCAGCUUUAGAGUGACUACACAGAUAACAGAUAUACAGGCUCGAACAACAUUUUUCAAAAUCCUGUGUAAAUUUCAAAUUUGCUAUACGUUGGAAACACUAUUGCCACCUACUCGACUAUUCGCCGCGAUCUUUUAAAACGUUCCUCUACGUUCUGAAACGAUAACAAAAUUCUCCUGCCUGUUAUAGAAAUACUCCUUCUUCUUCUUCACUUCUGGUGGCGUCACCUCACUUGAGAUGACGCCGAUUGAUGGCACAGCGAUUUAGCUAUAUUGCCAGUUAGCUUUCGUUUAUAGUCCAAUGGACUUUCUUUUCACUGGACUACAAGUGAAACCCUCGCUAUGUAACAACGUGGAGUCACCGAAGUACGGAUGAAAAUCCUUUCUUUCUCGCGAAAUACUCGAAUUUUCACCGCACUAACACGAUACGACGUGUUCACUCGUUGAGGGUUUCACCGGAAGUCCAAAAUACUCCAACUACAACAAUUUCAACACUUAUCACACUAUUUUCCUAAUUCCAUAUCGCAUAAAUCACACGACAAUUCGAUCGGAAUAAAACAAAAAUGAAUUUGUCAUUUUAACCAACAGAAGACCAAAAAUCUAGCGUAAAGUGAAUGUUGCACCCAAAAUUGAGGCUCAUGUGAAUGCGGCACCCAAAUCGUGGUUACAUCUGCAAGUUUUCACCAUACUGAAUGAGCAAAUACCCGCUUGUGAGGAAUUCUGGCAACCGUCAGAAGGCUGGCUGCAUUCCGGCUGCUGUCAAAAUUGUCCAAGCGAAACUGCGUCAUUAUCUCGCCGUACGUGUCUUGUUUAUUUCCCUCCUAUUUCUUUUUUUUUAUUCGACUUCAUUUGAUAUUCUUCAAUCCCGCAUGUACGGCCAAAAAACGAAUCUUGAGACGAGGUAAAUGAGAUUGAAAUAUGAGUAUGGUUGGUAGUGAGAAAGUAAUGUUAUUGGCAAUAACAUUUUCCAUGAUUAGUACACUCAAAAUAAUAUAAUGUACUGCUCAUAUCACAUUUACUUAUCAGUUCAUAUAAAAUUUAGGUACCAGAGAAUUGCAAUUUUAUAUACCGGUUAAAGUCAAAAGGGAGAUUUCUGAUUUUUAUAUAAAUCUAGGAAAUGAAAAAUGCCAUGAAAAAUAAAACAUUUAUUUCAGAAAAUUAGCAUAGACUUUUAACGGCUGAAAAUAAAAAACAACUAAUAACGUCGUGGGAUCUCGAAUCGACAAGCCUCCAGAAAUCGUUUUUGUUGUCACUGCCAUCCAACCGAAGCCAAAGUCGAGAUCCAAUAACUCCCCCAACACUACCGAUGCAAUUUGAUGUCGCAUUACAUGGUUCCAGUGUCUCUAGCUUCAUGCCGAUUUUGAACUCGUUUUUCGGUGGACCAACGGCAUUUGAAGCAUUCGGCAGGAGCGGGCAAACUUCCGGGCUCACGCAGGCACUCAGUCCAGUCUAACACAUGGAAACUUUCAUACUGGAAUGGUCCGGUCGAUGUAGUGAAAAAUUGUAAUUAAAUAACAUUUCUCGCAAAUAUUUACACUACUUAUACUUUGAGGGCCACUGUUCGCCAUUUUCAAAAUCGAGUUUUUCACAAUGGAAAUUCACGUAGGUUGUUUGACGUUUGGUCAAUCCACGUAAACCUUAUGUGAUGACUCUAUUCAUUUGAGGGGUGGUCGUAUAACAUUCAUUUUCGUCACGUAAAAUAUUCAAUUUGACAUUUGAAACCAUUUUACGUGAUUUUUCAAGUGAAUCGAACGUGAAUUGUUUUUUUGAGUGUAUAUAUGAAGGGCAAUAACUAAUUGCCUUUCAUAUGUAUCUUUUAUUUAAAAAAUAAAACCAAGACGCUUAAAAUGUAGAACCGAUUCAAAACGGUUCUGCCAAUCUUGUAUGGCAAGAAUCCGACAGAAAAGAACCGUUAAUAACCACCCACUUAGAAAAAAACGUUCAACGGUGGUCCUUCAUUGGUCCAAUACGUUGGAUCAUUGGUCCAAUGAAAGUCCAAUCAAUCGUUCAACGGGAGGCCAACACGGGACCUUUGUUUGCCGAUUUUGAAACAGACCGUUGAACCGAAUGCCAUUUUUUUCGUUCAACAAACCCGGCAGACAGAGGUCCAUUGUUGAGCCAUUUUUAACAUGAGGAGUUGGAGCCCCGUUGGACUAGUUUUACUGCAGAAUUUCUGAAGUUUUUUUCCACUUAUUUGUUUAAACUAACAAUACAUACCUGCACAAUACUUCUACUUCAUGUAGAAUAACAACAAAUUUUCGUUCUAUGGAAAGGUAACACUUAAUUUUCACACUAUUUUUGCAAGAGAAAAAACAACAACAAACCGUUCCAGCAAAUUGAACGAAUAUUUCGUGCAAUAUAUCGUUCAACAAGCGCUCAAAAAUCAACAAAAUUGAACGGCCUGCUGAGAGGGGCACUAGGCGAAAUUCUCUGCCGGAAACGGUUGUUGCAUUGUUGCCAGACUUUUGUCGGAAUUCUAAAAUGGCUGGCAGACAUAGCCAGCCGUCUGGGGAGAAAUCUGCCUGCCGCGUACAAGUGGGUGUUACACACAGUUCAUAUGUGAGCUGUUUCUGUGCUUACAUACCCACAUUAUCGAAAUGACGGAAUGCGUAAUGAAUUCUUACUCGACUGCAUGAUUUUUCAGUGCUCGAUCGGUUCAGUGCUAGAAUUUUCGCCUGAGUUGGCUGCUCGAUCAACCUCAUUGACAGUGACAUUAUAAAUGUCAUUGAAUAUUCGCUCAUUUUAUGAAUGUGUGAAAUUUAAGCGACUUAAGCCAUUUCACUACACUCCAGCUAGAGGAAUGGAUGAUGCUGACUAAGGUAGGACGUUUUGUUAAUUUCCAGCGAAUUUCAAUAGUUUAUAUUGGGAUUCUAAGAAGAACUGGUUAUUUACUAGUUCUAUAUAUCCGAAAAACAUGAAGUUUUAAAUUUGUAUAUUCAGUUAUAUAAUGUUUUCGUUUAAAAAUAAACUGAAAAUCAGCACGAAAACGUGCAAAAUCAGGAAAGAAGAAGAAGAAGACGAAUUGACAAUUCAGUCCGCAUCUUCUCACUCAAUUCCGAAUGAUUUCCGAAUCAACCGGUUGUAGGCGAACCGGUUCAUUCGGAAUCGGUUGUUGCACUGGAGUUGGAAUUGAUUCGGAAUUCAUUAUGAUUUCCACAUGAAAUUCCGAAUGAAAAUUUCUCGCCGAUUCGGAAUUGAUUCGGAAUCCAUUCGGAUCUGAUAAUGUGGGUAGGUGUUUCUGUUCUUACAUAUUUUACAUAUUGACACGAUUUUUGUCUAAGAGUGCAGUUUGCAAUCAUUGAGAGUAACUCUGUAAGUUGAUUUUUUAUGCCUUAAAACCAAAGAAGCGGUUCAAAACAAAGUUGUUGGGUGUCACACGAACCGAAGGAAAGAGAAAUACAAACUUAUAACAGAUUCUCUAGCUCAUUAUAGUGGUUUUCAGCUGGACAUAGAAUGCGACGGAAUCGUCGCAGGAUAGCGAAAUAAUGAGCGUCAGAAUCACUGAUGCCAGGUUUGCAGAUUGGUAUGUGAAUUUGCAAUUUCGUUUUUUAGCAGACUUUGCAAUUAUGCCGACUUUUUUGCAGAUUUUCGAAAUUUUUAUAAACAAUCGUCCAUUUUAAUGACGUUUGCUAUUACUGUAGGGGUUUCGUUUGGUUUUUUCGUCAUACUUCUAAAUAUUGAGGUCGCUUAGGACUAUUUCCAAUACGCAGACCCCUAAAAUUUCACCUGGCAUCGCUGCCAGAAAAUUGGACAGUUGUUUUAACCCCUUCGCUGUCUGUUGUAUUGAAAUUAACUAGCAUUAGAGCCAAAAGAAACAUUAAUCGGCUGUUGGAUUGAGACCAAUUGCAUUUUCAACUGGUGAAAUUCCUUAGCGACAAUUGUUAUUUCAUUGUUCAUCGAAAGCAUCAACAAAUGUAUAUCUGUCAAACACGACCAACAUUGUAGAGUAGACAAAUAGCACAAUCGAAUAAAGCACGAGGUUUUGAAAACCAAGGCGUCGAUUAAUACAAAAUAUAAAUGAAAAGGGAACAUACUAAGCACAAAAUAAUCAUUACGUACGAUUCAGACGAUCCGUCUUCUUUUGUCACAGUCAAUCUCCGUCACCGGCACCGUCAACAAUAAUUACAUGCAUUUUCAUGGAGCCAUUCACACGUAUCGUCACCGUCACGGAACGUCGUGACGGACGGAGCGUGUGAACGUUCCGGUAAAGAAAGUAUUAAACUAAUUUUGACGGAAGCUGACGUUCCGGUGACGGUGACGGAAGGAGGCGGAUCGUCUGAAUCGUACAUUAUGUCAAAUAAAUAGCACACGAUUAAAAAAUCCGUGCAAGUUGUAGCCUUAAUCUGCCACAUACGCAUUAUCAAUAUGAAUUCAUUAUGACUGAAGUUUUCUUAAUAAAUAAAAAAUUAGUCAUUGUAACGGUCAACUUAAAAAUUAUUUUUUUCUGGCUUGUGGUCUCGAAGGGGUUGAAUCGAUACGAAUGACAGUUUCGCUAUCUUUGCGGCAUUUUGUCGCUAUCUUAUCGCAUCGCAAUCUUUUCUAGCCGACAGUGAAAAUCACUAUAUAAUGAAAUACCGAGCGUUUAUCGAAAUUUCAUACAGGGUGUUAACAUUUUCCGAAAUUUAACGAGACAUUUGUCAUCCAAUAUAACUUGUCGAUUUCGCAUGGAACCAAAUCGCCAUUUCUCGGAAAACUGAAAAAUAUACGAAUUGUUUGAAGAGAAAAAAGAUAGGCGAAGAAUAUUUGAAAUUGGAUAGGUCCAAUAAGUGAAAGAAAAAUUAUGUAUCUACUUUUCAUUUAUACUUCAAAAUAUACACACUUAAAACUUAAUUUUGAUCCCGGUCGAAAAAAUGAUAACAAUAUUUUACUAAAAUUUCGGUAAAGAUAGUUUUUUUCAGAAUAUUAUAAUUUCAGUUUCAGCUAUAUUAUAGAACACCCAUAUGAAUCUGGCGGCUGCUGAAUUUGCUCUAAGGCACGCGGGAUAAAGAUCCUCGUACCGCUAAUCUAUUGCAUGAAACUGGUUGGAUUCCGGUACGAUAUAUAUCGUCAAAUAUUCACUGUUUUAUUGAAUAAUUACUUUCAUUGUAACCGGAAUCUGUGAAUCCAGUGGAAAACUCCAGUGUGUUCCCUACUGGAAAUGACAUGAAGGUGCAUCCAUUCUUUCCAAAAGCGAUCAUUCCCGAGCCGAAAAUCUCGGUAAAUGCAAAUUAUCUGUCAAAUGAAAAAUACCGAGAAUUUCAGUUGUUUCAAUGUUCCUAUUAUUUCUAUUUAAUAUUUCUUGGUCAGGUACUGAUUACUCCGCAACUCAUGAUUUAUUUACGGCAUUCUGUAUUGUAAAUAACAGCGAAAUUUACCGUCGACAAUUGCUGCGUUUUAGAUAAACAUUAUACCAAAAACGCCGGAAGCUAGCGACAGGCAUAAUGAAGUCAUCUUGUACUACCCCCAAAUGAUAGGAAGUACUAACUCUUCCACCAUACUGUCCAGGUAUAGCUUCUUCGGAUUUCUAUUAAAACCGAUAACAGACGCAUGAUAGUGUUGAACAACGGUGCAGUUAAGAUGGAUAAUUGUAAAUGGAUUGAUUCGAUUUACCACCAAUCUUUUUUCUUUUUGUUAGAAGGGGCUUACAAAAUUGAUCGAAACGUGGACAAAAAUUGUAGAAAGCGAAGUACAGUACUAUAAACUGUUACUCUAAUAACAGUAUUUAUUGUGCUCUAACAUCAAAUUUACUGUGCAUGUACAUGAAAAAAAAAACUUGUAAAAUAUAUGCAAAUGGCAAAGGUUUCAUAACUCAGAACAACUUUAUACGUUUCGGUAUGGUUAAGUUUUUCGGGUAUUUUUUUCGCUUUAUCGCAAUAAUUAAAUUAGGUUGCAUCAUACUCAGCUGCACUUUCUUUUUAGUUUAUCUCUCGACAAAUUUUAUUGUUUUGGCAAAAAAUCCCAUUGCGAAUUCCUUCAGCUAAUUGAACUUUGCAAAUUCCUAUCUGCGAAUCAAACUUCACUAAACUUAUAGUGUAAUGCAUUUUCGCUUGCUUUUCUGUAUACGAUCUUUCAGUUUUUAGGCAAAAUAUUGAGUUUUUUAGCAUUAUCCACCGGCAGGCGUCGGUAGUAUUCAAACAGUAGAAAAGAAAAGAAAAUUGUUCACUCAUUCAGUCAUGCCGAGUCUCAGCCAUCGAUAUAAGAAAUGCCAUAAUAUACAUUUGAGGUCAUAGUUUUUUCGUCGUUGUCAGAUGCAUAAAAAAUCUUAUGGAUAAGUGAAGAGAUGGAAAUACACGCACGGUUUUCGCAUCUAUUGUUUGUCUGGUAUUUUUAAGAUGUAGCUGAAGACUAAGCGAGGGAUUUUGGUUCAUGCGAAGAAAAUGAAAUUACAAUUUUAACCAUAAAACAUGUAUUAAACGUUAAUUGUUAUACACGUUUUUUAUUUAUAUAUUGAAAACAUGGAAACCAAAACUGAAGUGGAUAUGUUGAGACAAAAAUUAUAUGAAAUGGGGCUAAUAAUUUUUAUGGGAAGAUAUAAGCAAAACCAAAUAUAUUGUUAUUUAUAGUGAAUAUAAGAUUAAAUUUAAUAACUGAAACAGAAAAACAAACGCUUUUAGACUUCCAGUUUAUGACGAGUAAUUCAAAUAAAUAAUUAGACGAAAACAGUAUAAAUCAUUCAUACCUUGUAGAUGAAGGAAUAUUAAUUGGUUAUAAAUUUACCGAGAAAAAAAACAAAAGAAAUGCUGAGUGCAUUAACUGAGCAAAUCACAUUGGCAAAAGCAAAACACAAAUCGCAUACACACAUGUAAAGUUUUAAAAUAAAUCCACAAAAUUCGAUGAGAAAAUAAAAUAACUGUAGCGGUAAAUUUAUAAGAAAUGCAUAUAUACUAACAACAUGAGCAAAAGACGACAGUCGAACUAAAACAACAACAAAAGUACUUGAGGAUAUAUAAUCGAGUUUGAAAACACAAAGCAUUUUCCUAAGAAAAACAAAUCAACAAGGCAACAUCUUAUAACUAUUACACGAAAAUUAAGUAUGACGUUUAAUGAUUCCAUCGCUAAAUUGUCUAGAAAAGCAUAAUCAACCAACCAAAAUAUAAAAAAAGGCAUUUCAAGAUCAUGUAUGGCGGGGUUUUCAAGACCAACAACAACUAUUGAAUGUAGUAAAGUUCUUUCAUAAGUUCCCUCGUACGCAGGAAUCUUAUGUCGUUUUCGAUUGAAGCUGAACCUAACCCAGUUUCGAUCCUUAAUUCUGUCAAACAGUAUGCACUGGUUAGUAGCUUGGGAUUGGGUUAGAUUCAACAUCAAGCGAGAAUGCCAUAAACAGAACAAGUUUAGAAAGGUUAAAAUUCGUCAAGUGAGCGAUUGGAAGGUUACUCCGGCCCACAUUAGUUAAUAAUUGCUUGUGUGUGUAUGCAAUGAAUAGGUCCGAAAUAGAACAAUGCAUAAACCUGUAACACAGUACACCGGAGCGCACAACUUCGUUUUUUUUCCUUCAAAGACAAAUUCAGCACUGGAACAACUUUCAACAUUGAUAACAUUGGCAUCAAAACAAUACACUUUUACACCUGCAAACGCUCACUUACAUUUUAAACAACAAAGCAAUAAGUAAUAUAAAUGAUAACAAAGUUAGAUAUUAAAUCAACUUUACAUAAAAUGUACACGUUUAAAGAAAAAAAACGACAACAGUUUAACCAGCAUUUAACAUCACGUACACAGAGAGAGCUAAUUGAAUAGUGACAUCAAUUCGUUGGAAUGUGUAAAUUAUAGUAAAACACAAAACGAACGGAAUGUCAUGGAUCUUGUUUUGAUUUUAUCGUGAUGUUCUAUUGUUUGCAGCACGUGUAAGCAUCUAGUAAGCGUUUGUAAUUAUAAUUUCAGAAGCAUAAGUAAACCAAGCAGAACAAACCCAUGAACUAUUAGCAUAAAUUCGCGUAUAUGUAUAAAUUUUUAAUGAUAGGCAUUACACAAAACAAGAAAAGAAAAAUUAAAACACAGAGUUAUAUACUGAAAGAUAUUGAUUGUUGAUAAAUGAGAUUGUCUCGCGUAGUAUGUUGCGUUUGCUGUCUCAUUUUUAAUAAAAGAUAAAAUGAAAUAAAAAAAACAAGAAUAAUUAAAACAUAA